CAGCAUUUGCAGUAGAUGGUGUGACAAAAUGCGGAGUAUAUAAAUUACCUCACAGCAUGGCUGAAUUCAGUCCGUGGUUAAGAAUUGAUCUGGCCAAUACUACCAGCGUAUCAAAAGUACUUGUAUACAACAGACGUGAUUGUUGCGGAGGGCGAUUCCACGAUGUUUCUGUAAAUGUCAACGAACCACAAAGUGUGCAAAAAUUUUCUUGUGGCUUCUUUCCUGGACCAGCUUCAAAUGGAGAUCGCAUCCUGUUUCUUUGUGAGAAUGGUGCCGUGGGUGAAAGUGUGACAAUUAUCAUGAAUGAUAGAAAUGGACAAAAGAGUAUUCUCCAUGUGUGUGAGGUAGAGGUUUUCGGGAAACAUUAACACUGCAUCAAAUACGUGGUAACAUAUAAACACAAAAAUCUGUAACAUAAUUCCCACCUUUGAUAUUCAUAAAUCUUUACACAAGACAUUUCGAGAAUAGAACGAGGAUAAUGAAAAACAAUGAAAGGAUAUACAAAUGAAGAUAAACAUACUAUAGACCUCUUUGUGAAGAAUAUUUUCACGUGCAUUAACGAUGUUAAAAGCAAAUUAAAAGCGAGCUGUAUUUGUUAAAGACCUUCGUGUUAUUGGAAUCAUAAGAUGAAUGAAUUCAUCCAUUAUAUAAUUGAAUUAUCAUAGUUUAUGUAGCUAAAAAAAAUAAGAUAAUGUUCGUUUGAGAACUAUUGUUAAAUGCAGAUUUUUAGAAUAAAUACAUUGCCACCAAUGACACAUACUUA